AUGAGGUUCACUCUGAUAUCGACGAUCGUGGCGACGGUGGGUCUCGGCAUGGCGCAACUGUCUGGUAAGGUAGGCCCUUCAACUUCCCGGGAAGACAAGGCCGCCAAGAAGCUUUGCAACAUUCUCGAUCAUGGAGGAGUAGCUUCCGAGACAACAGACAACAGUAUGGCCAUAACGAAGGCCUGGGAGUCUUGUAAGGAAGGUGGUCAAAUACUCAUUCCAGAGGGUAAAUUCGGCCUCGGGAAGUGGAUCGAGCUGUCAGGUGGAAAGGGCCUGUCACUCAAUCUUGAGGGUAUCAUCAUUCGGUCUGGGAAUGGAACUGCUGGUGAAAGCAUGAUCACAGUGCAGAAGACCGAAGACUUUGAAUUUUACAGCGCUAGCUCGAAAGGUGCGAUCCAAGGAUAUGGGUUUGAGUUCCACGAGAGGAACUCAAGUGGACCAGGCAUGCUCAGUCUUUCCGAAGUAACCAGCUUCAGUAUUCAUGACCUGGCACUGGUGGACUCUCCCUCGUCCCACCUCAGCGUGGACAGGUCCGCCAAUGGUGAGAUAUUCAACUUGGUCGUUCACGGUGGUGACCGGGCAGGUCUCAAUGGAGUUGAUGUCUCGAGUACCAACAUUUGGGUUCAUGACUUGGAAGUCUCCAAUGGUGAUGAUUGUGUCGCCGUCAAAAGUCCAGCAAGCAACGUGCUUAUUGAGUCUAUCUUCUGCAACCUAUCCGGUGGCUGUGCAGUUGGCCCCUCUGGAGAGAAUACAAACAUCACUGAAAUCAUCUACCGAAACAUCUACUCUCAGCGGUGUAAACACAUGCUCUCGAUCAAGUCAAACGGCGGUUCGGGGUUCUUCAACAAUGCCAUCUUCACGAACUUCACUGGCCAUACCAAUGAUGACGCCAUUAACCUUGAUUCCAAGUGGCAGUCUCAGGAGCCGGCCCCAGGUGAAGGGGUAGAAUACGACUACCUGGAUUUCACUAACUGGGCUGGCACCUGCAAGAAUAACAAAGUGCCUCUGAUACAUCUACAGUGCUCGCCUGACAUCCUUUGUGGUAGUCUCAAUGUAGACUCCGUCAAUGUCUGGACAGAGGCUGGCGAUAGUGUGUCAUAUGUGUGCGAGAAUGCCUACGGGAUGGGCGCUUGUAUGAACCCUUUCGCUGGCAAUGGUAGAUACACGAGCACAACAUCUGUCACUUCAAUGGCACCAACGAGCUAUGCUAUCACAACAAUGCCGGCAGAGAUUACUCAGGGGUUGGGUGUCACGACCUCGAUCGACAUACCCCCUGUUCCCACUACCUACUUCCCAGGGUUGAAGCCGGCCAGCACGCUGUUGGGCAAAGUCUGA